UAGUGAAUGCGGGGUCCGGGGAGAUCAGAUAUAGUGAAUGCGGGGUCCGGGGAGAGCGGAUAUAGUGAAUGCAGGGUCUGAGGAGAGCGGAUAUAGUGAAUGCAGGGUCCGGGGAGAUCAGAUAUAGUGAAUGCAGGGUCCGGGGAGACCAGAUAUAGUGAAUGCAGGGUCCGAGGAGACCGGAUAUAGUGAAUGCAGGGAUCCGGGGAGAGCGGAUGCAGUGAAUGCAGUGUCCUGGGAGAGCAGAUAUAGUGAAUGCAGGAUCCGGGGAGAGCGGAUGCAGUGAAUGCAGUGUCCUGG